AAGACACGUUUUGUAAUCGAAACCAAAUCAGAGUUUGCUGAAUGGCUGCUAUUUUAUUAUUUAACGUGUGUGGUGAGCAAGUUUUUGUUUUUAAUUUACAAUACCAUAUCCGUAUUUGGUGCGAGAAGUAAUUGUACAAAUACUACAAUAGUUUUGGAAUGGCAAUUUCCAGCUACAGCAUCAGAGGACAACUUAUAUUCUUAUAAAGCAAGAUCAAGAUUUGAGAAUGGAUUUAGAAUUAGAGCCUCCGUUGAAAAAACAAAGAACUGUCAAUACUUACUUACCAGAUGACACUAUAGAUAUAUGGAUUGACAAGAUUAAAUCAUCAGAUCAGAACCUAUCACCUGUCGUUAGUGAUGAAUUCAAUGAGCCGAUAAAAUUAGGCAAAGUUUACGUUGGAUAUAUAAGGAAUGUUCAAGACAUAUCGAAAGCUGUUAUGACAUUAAAUGAAAAAAUACCUCUCAAAGAUCUCCAACAUUUGAAAAGAGUGAAACGGCAGAAUAUAAUUCUAUGUCCGAUCAGUUCUCUCAACAGUGAGACAAUACAAGAGUACAUAGAAAAAAAUGUUGGCGAACUUAAAGAUAUAUUUGAUUAUUUUCAAGUGUUAGAAGUGCCGUUCAUAGCACCGAGAGUUACUAGACAAUACCAGGAGACGAAAAAGUAUUGGCCGUGUAAUUUUCAUCCAAAUCACUACUGGGAGAAGCUUGUCAGGGAUUCAUUCUUUUCUGAUCAUGAACUAUUAAUUCACAAAAAAUAUAUGGAAGUUGUGUUCGAAAUUGUUAAGUGGCAGGCAACUUGCUUACAAAUAAAAUUAUGUGAUGCUGGAUUACAAGAUGUAAAUGCAAGUGUUGUUGUUGAUCCUGAUAUCAAUGCAGUAGUUACUAUCGCAUUUGACCAUAGACAAACACAUCCUCUACAACACACCGCCAUGAUAGCCAUAGACAAUGUAGCUAGGACCCAAAAUGGCGGUGUUUGGGAUAGCAACAUAUCAGACGAUUUAAUGAUUAAUUUAAAAGAAAAAUUCGGCAUAAAUUUUGGUGUUAGAGAUAGUAAUAAAAAUAGCAAAGAAGGUCCGUACUUAUGUACUGGGUAUAACAUGUAUAUAUUGAGAGAGCCUUGUCAUAUGUGUUCUAUGGCCUUAGUACAUGCUCGAACGAAAAGAAUCUUCUUCUGUAUAGACAACGAAGAAAAAGGUGCUCUGAAGUCAACAGUGAAAUUACAAACCAUAAGCUCUUUGAAUCAUCACUUUGAAGUUUUCACUGGAUUUUUAUAACAUUAAUGUUGUUACUUUUUUUUAUUUCUUUAUUAAACCUAUUACCUAUAA